UUGCCACGUAGUGCACCUUGCUUGGGGGGUAUUUUGAAGUUUGUUCAACGUGAUGAGGCUUAGUUUACCUAUCCUUUUGGCUGUUUAUUUGGUUGUCCUGGUGUCUUCAGAUUCCGUGGACAAUGUCCGACUGGCGGUCUCCAAGGAAAUCUUGAAUGAGUUUGUCUUUCAAGAAAAAGAAAUCACUAUUCUAUAUACAAUAUACAAUUUCCAUGAGUCCCGCGCUGCCAAAGAUGUUGAGCUAUUUGAUAUCUUUGCCGAAACAGAGUUUACGCUGAUUCAUGGGGGCCCUUCUGCUCGGUGGACUGUUAUACCUGCCUCCUCGAACGUCACUCAUGUCUUAAUCCUCAAACCUCAAAUAAGUGGCGUCCAUAAUUUUUCUAGUGCUACAAUUACUUACAAAUCUGGCGAUUUGGAGAAAAGUUCCUUUUUGUAUUCUUCUGCACCUGGUCUACUUACAAUUCACAGACUGAAGGAGUAUAACAAGCGUUUCACUUCUCAUACAAUUGAGUGGAUUGGUUUCGCUUUGUUCGUUACACCGUGCUUACUGAUACCAUAUAUGCUGUGGCGCUCAAGUGCAUCAAAAUACUAGCUCUUUACAGUACUCUUCUUCAUUUGUAUAUUUCUUCUCACGUUGUAUUUCGUUUCUUUGUAUCCAUUAUAUGUAUGUUAUGUAUUUAAAGAGUAUGAAACGUAUUUGAUAAAUAAAUAGAAAAGCGUAUACUAGU